AUGCCUCGCCAAUGCGGCGGCGGCGGUGCUCGCCAUCCAACAAAACACAAACUGAUGCUGCUGGCCCUGGCAUCAUGGAGCGCGGGAGUCGUUGCUCUGCCUGCAGCAACCAGCCCGGACGGCCAAAAAGUCUUGAGCCCGAUUGGGACUGAGUCUGCAUCACGGAAAUUGAACGGCCGGUUCCUGCAUAUCUCAGACUUCCAUCCCGACGAGCUUUAUCGAGUCCACACCUCCACCGAGGAGAGCGUCGCAUGCCACCGAGGAAAGGGAUUAGCUGGAUCGUACGGCGCCGAAAAAACCGACUGCGACUCGCCCUUUUCGCUUGUCAAUGCGACCUUUUCCUGGAUCGAAGAGAAUCUCAAGGACGACAUUGACUUCGUCAUCUGGACUGGCGACUCGGCCAGGCACGACAGCGACGAGCAGAACCCGCGCCACGAGCCUGAGAUUCUGAGAACAAACCGAAUCAUUGCCGACAAGUUUGUCGAGACUUUUUCAACACCUCAACAUGGGCUUAGCAUCCCCAUCAUUCCCACAUUCGGCAACAAUGACUUUCUCCCCCACAAUAUCAUGCUGCCAGGACCCAAUAAGUGGUUUGCGGCUUACAGCGAUAUUUGGAGCCGAUUUAUCCCCGAGGAGCAGCGUCAUUCAUUUACUUUUGGCGGCUGGUUCUACGUCGAGGUCAUCCCCAAUCGCUUGGCCGUCUUCAGCUUGAAUACAAUGUACUUUUUCGAUCGAAACGCUGGUGUCGAUGGCUGCGCCCAUCCCUCGGAACCUGGCUACAAGCAUCUGGACUGGCUGCGCGUACAGCUACAAAUCCUGAGAGAGCGGGGCGUCAAGGCCAUUCUCAUGGGCCAUGUACCACCUGCUCGGACGGAGAGCAAGCAGAAUUGGGACGAGACUUGCUGGCAAAAAUACACCCUGUGGCUCAAACAGUAUCGUGACGUCGUUGUUGGCUCUCUCUAUGGUCACAUGAAUAUCGAUCAUUUCUUGCUUCAAGAUGUCAAGGACCUGACCCCAGAACUGGGUCUGGACAGGAUUAACGCACGUGGCUCUCCAGACGAGACAAUAUCGAUCUCGUCCAAGGAAGACUAUCUUCAGGAGCUACGAGAUGUGUGGGCAGACUUGCCUAAGAGUGUUGCCAGGGGCCUGGAUCAGGAAACAAGGGUUGAGGAUGAUGAAGGGACAGCGAAGAACAAGGGCAAAAAGAAUAAGAAGAAGAAGAAGAAGUUGGGCAAGAUUGGUGGUAAAUAUGCCGAGCGAUACCAGCUUUCUUUGAUCAGCCCAAGUGUUGUGCCAAACUAUUUUCCCACACUUCGCGUUGUGGAGUACAACAUUACUGGCAUCGAAGACACGCCUGUGUGGCGAGAUGCAUACGACCUGGCAAACCCCCCUACAGCCCUGGCACUACCGGAAGAAGACACGCGCGAUUACGAAAACUUGGAAGAACUCUUAGUCGAAAUUGUCAGGAAGAAGGGCAAAAAGUCCAAGGGGCCCCGUAAGCCACCCAAGGACCACGAUUUGAUCGUUCCCCUUGAUCCUCCUAAGAGCUCGCUUCCGGGCCCUGCCUAUGCUCCUCAGGUGUUCACUUUAACUGGAUACACCCAGUACUUUGCCAAUCUUACCCACAUUAACGACGAUAUCCCUGAUCUCGAUGUUAGUGGCUUUUUGGAUAUCAACAAAUGGCGCAAGGGCAAGCAUGACCACAAGGAGCCCAAGCAUGGAAAGCCGAAGCCUCGCGAGUUUCAGUACGAAGUCGAGUACAGCACAUUUACCGACAAGUUCUACAAGCUACCUGAUUUGACAGUAAAGAGCUUCCUGGGGUUGGCUUAUAAGAUGGGUCAGAAGGAUAUUGGUGCCAAAAGCGAGACAUUUGACGCAUACGACGAGGACGAGGAUUCCGACACAGAUGAGUUCGAAGAUGGUGCUCCGGAAUCGAUGGGCAAGAAGGACAAGCAGAAGAAUAAGAAGAAUAAGAAAGAAAAGAACAAGACUUGGCUGAAGUUUUUGAGCCGUGCUUUUGUUGGCACGGUUCCCAAAAAGCAAUUGGAAAAGAUGUAA